GAAAGUGAUACGCAGAUGCGCAAACACGCUUCGAGCGGAUACGCGCGGCGCGCGCUGGACUCAGAUUACAGUCUGAGCGUCUCGAGCGCGUGCACUCAUCCUAGAGACUCCAGAUGUGGACAUCGUCUCUAUCAGCUCAGUCAGACCUUCCGAGUGGACAGAAGAUCUAUCAUGUUACCUUUCUCUCUCGCUCUGUUUUUAUUGCCGCUCUGCGGUGCGGUCUACUAUGGACCUUUGCUCCCUGAAAUGUCCAACGGGACUUUUCACCACUUCUUCGUCCCGGACGGAGAUUACGAGGAGACCGUAGACCCGGAGAAAUGCCAGAUGCUCUUUAAAUGGAUCGACCGCAGACCGUGUCCACUGGAGGAAGACCAGGACUCGAUCAUACGAGAGGAUUUCAUCAUCAUGAAGCAGCAGAUAGAAGACGCGGCGCGCGUCCUGGAGAGCCUCGGGAAGAGCAUCUCCUACGACCUGGACGGAGAGGACAGCUAUGGGAAAUACCUGAAGAGGGAGAUCGUGCAGAUCAACGAGGCUUUCACAAACGUGGAGAAAUCUCUCGUGGAGCUGGAGACCAAAUUCAAGCAAAACCAGGAUACCGAGCAAAGAGAGGAGAAUGAGUUCACCAGUAACUUCAUCAAGCCCAUGUAUAAUGUGAGGGACACUCUACAGGAAACCCUGGACAUCUCUUCUGGACUCAAGGAUAAACAUGAACUCAUCUCUCUGAUCAUCCGGAGUCACGGAUCCAGGUUAAGCCGGCUUAAAAAUGACUACCUGAGUGUUUAGAGUCACAGACCUUCUGGACACACUACAGUCCGAGUUGGACUGUUUCCCCAAAGUCCCUUUCCCCCGGUGGGACCCCAGUCCAAACACAAGCCUUCAGCUGCCCUGCACACCAGCUCCAAACCACAACCACUACAGCUUCAUCAUCCAGCUUCUGCAGAA